GUCAAUGGACAAAACAACAACAACAAAAAAAAAACAACGUGGGGUGUGAGCUCUCUGAACCUCCUAGCUUGCCCGAGACAGAGAGAAAAAGAAAGCCUCAUCUCCGGCCCCUCUUCCUCCUUGAUUCCGGUGGCUCGCCGCCGGUGACGGGAGGGAGAGGGGUCAGGCUCAAUUGCGUCUCCUUCGUAUAGUAGUUUAGUCGGGUUAGUCUCGUAGUCAAGUUAGUCUCGUUCUAUGUCCUUCCUGUUCUUUGUCUUUGGUCCUCUAUGAAGAGUCCAGUAUUCCCUUCUUCAGAUCUGAAAUAUUGUGGGUGGAUCAGCCAGGGAGGUCGGUCUUUGCUGUGCCAGACCUCGAUUUCGUCGGCCCUAGCGACGCCUGAUUGUGGAAAAUUCAGCUACAGUGCCGGUGGCCGAAAGUCUUCAAGCUUUGAGGUCGCUGGCCAUAGUUUGCGGUGGAUCUGGAUGGCUUCAACCGAUUUCCGCGACCUCUUUGUCCAUCUAAUCCUUGGCGCUGUGCCCUUCCUCAGCGAUGCACUCAGCCGCGUCGUGUCCGGUGAGGGUGGGCUCACACAUGCCCAGAUCGUCGUCAUAUUUGGUGGGCUUGGAGGUGCAGAGUUAGCUGAGCUGUUGGAGCAGUUCGUGCUUGCUGAUUCCUCUCAUGCGAGCAUCCCGAACAUUGUCUCGACAGACAACACCUCCAUCAAUUUGCUGCUGUGCCUAAAUCAAUUAUGCCUAAAUCAAUUAUCCAAGCAGCAGCACAAGUCAUGGGCCAGCAAGGAGCACGCCAUGAAUCCCCUGCAUCAUACAGGCAACCAACAAGCUACACAACAAGGCAAAGCUGGUCCAGCAAUUCUGUGCAUGCCGGCAACGAAGUCUCCUUCUCAAUCCUCACCCAUGGGAUACAUCUUAAGUUCGUAAGACUUUAUCAUCGCCACCAUCUAGCUUCUCUAAAGCUUAAGGUCAGCUGGGUUUUGGAUGCAUCUUUUAUUUCAUUCCUUUGCAGCAGUAUCCAUGUUGAGGUUAUCGUUCGGGUUGAGCACCGACUAUCUGUUAGACUUUGGUCGGCAGGGAUAUUGUUAGUGUUCCUCAGAUUUAACGAUGACUUCCAUGGCAAUCAUUGGUUGAGUCCGGUGAAGCCACCAACAUAUCUACGACUCAACUCCAAAGCUCAAUUAGUGCCAAAUCCGUGGAGGCAGCCGGAGGGAUCGCUGGCAGGUCAAAUGGGAAGCACGUUUGAAGAGGCCCUUGGGUGCAAUCGUCGCGGCAAUGCCGCGGAUCUCCGACGAUUGUAUUCACUACUACUGCUGUAUCAGAUGAUCUGGAAGUUUGCUUCCAUCAUUCAAUCAUUACCUUUCAGGAAGAUGGUCCUUAACGUUUGUUGUUAUCAAUUUCUUGCAAGGUGAUGUUUCAGGGAAUGUUGUUCCCUUCCAAUGUACUAUGUUUAAUAUGCAAUAAAACUUUAUGAGUUUCAAAAAAAAAACAA